AUGCGGUUGAGUUUCUUAGUCGGGGCCGCUGCGGCCGCUCUCGCGAGCGCUUCGACUCUCACCCCUCCUGUUUUGCCUUUGAUCGUGCGAAAUCCAUACCUGAGCACCUGGCUCCGUUCUCGUGAUGCGCCGUGGGAGGAAUGGCCCAUCUUCUGGACAGGAAACCACAUCGGUUUCUCGGUCAUGGCCUCGGUGCCAGAGGCUGGUCAUGUCUACCCGCUGCUUGGCCGCCCACACGAUUCCUUGGGAGGCUCUCACGACUUCAAAGUCGCCUUCCCCGAAUACCUCGGUGCCACCUUCGACGCCUCCAUUACGAACCUCACCUACUCGAUCUUACCACCCAACGCGACCCUGCCUUUAACACUGACGCUAUCAUUCCUGUCUCCCAUCACCCCGACCUCGACCCUGAGACAGUCAUUGCCGGCCUCGUACUUGACAGUCUACGUGGAGGGUUCCUUCGACGUGAACCUCUACAUCGAUCUAAAUGGGGAGUGGGUCACUGGAAACAGAGACAACGAUAUAGAAUGGAGUCUGGAGGACGCAGAGCCCAAGGCUGAUUCCUCAGCGGGUGCUGGAAUCAAGUCGUGGAGGAUACAGCGCCGGACCCAGCAGCUGCUCACAGAGUUUGCUGAUCAAGCCGAGUGGGGGACCCUCUACUUCUCUGCCCCUCAGCAUGUCCAGCAUGAGAGCGGCAUCUCCGCUGUCUUGCGAAAGCAGUUCUCCUCGGAGGGCAGGCUGAGGAACAACAUCGACGGCAACUUCCGCAAGAUCAUGGACGAAGAGCCUGUGUUUGCCUUCUCCAAGGCCUUCAAGCUGGGUUCCUCCGGCAAGUCUGUCGACGAAGACGGCUACUCCCGGCAGAGCAAGGCUGUCGUCAAGACCGACAGUGUCAUGUUCACGUUCGCCCUGGUGCAAGACCCCGUGGUCCAGUUUGCGUCGGCGAGGGGCCUUACCUUCAUGCGCCCGUUCUGGGCAACCUACUUCCCCACGGAUCAGGAGAUGAUCAAAUAUCACUACUCGGAUUUCGCACAGGUGAACGCCCUGGCGAGCAAUUAUUCGAAGCAGCUCGAUGUCGACGCGUACGCCUCGGGGUCGUCCGACUAUCGAGAUAUCGCAGCUCUGUCCGCACGCCAGGUGCUCGGCGCCACACAGUUCUCAGGAACCCCUGACAACCCGAUCCUGUUCCUCAAAGAGAUCUCUUCCAACGGCAACUUUCAGACGGUGGACGUCAUCUUCCCGUCCUUCCCAUUCUUCCUCUACACCAACCCUCGCUGGCUGGCCUAUCUCCUGGAGCCCCUCCUGGAGCACAUGGGAAGCGGCCAGUAUCCCAACAAGUACACCAUGCACGACCUCGGCUACCACUUUCCUAACGCUACUGGCCACAGUGAUGGUAAUGACGAGUAUAUGCCCCUGGAGGAGUGCGGCAACAUGCUGAUCAUGGGUCUCGCCCUGGUCAACGCCUAUAAGUACGACACGCAGCCCGCCUUUCUUACCACCCCGCUUGUGAACACGGGCGACCCCAUCAAGGUCCAGGCCACAUCGAUAGUGGACGAGAACGGUAUCGACCGGUCGUGGGGGUAUGGCCAGGAGGACGUGGGCACAACCGAUCUCAAGCAGGCCCAAAAGUGGAUCAAGAAGUCAUACAAGCUAUGGAAGCAGUGGACCGUCUACCUCAUCGAGGAGUCCCUCGAGCCCAAGAAUCAGCUGUCAACAGACGACUUUGCCGGGUGGCUGCGGCUGCAGACCAAUCUGGCGCUCAAGGGUAUCAUCGGGAUCCGGGCCAUGAGCGAGAUCUCAGACAUCCUUGGCGAGACCAAGGACGCCAAGUAUUACCGCGACAUCGCCGACGACUACAUCGACAAAUGGCAGGGUCUGGGCCUUUCUAGAGACAAGCUGUUCCCCAAGCUCUCGUACGAAUGGUACGGCGCCUGGACCACCAUCUACAACCUUUACGCCGACUCACUGCUCUGCUUCCACCUACCCGACGGGUCUGCAACCGACGCCAGCCUGCCUGCCGGGUGGCAACAGUCACAGCAGUCGCCCAUCAAAGAGCAGGCUAGCCCAAAGAAGGACUCGACUUUUGUUCCUGAUUACGUCUACAAGCUGGCGAGCGAUUGGUACCACAACGUAAUGCAAAAAUAUGGUCUGCCCCUGGACAGCCGGCACCUGUACACUAAGAGCGACUGGGAGUUCUUUGCGGCUGCUGUCGCGAGCAAGCAGACGCGGACGGAGAUUUUGACGUUGGUGGCCAAGUGGCUGAACGAGACGACGACAGACAACCCGUUUACGGAUCUGUAUGAUACUGAGGGGACAGGCGGCUACCCUGAUGGUCUGGGCUUCAGGGCUAGACCGGUUGUGGGCGGCCACUUUGCGUUCCUCGCGCUGGAGAGGGCAUGUGGCGGUCAGGCUACCGAGGCGCUGAGUUUCCUCGACGCUGCGGAGGCUGUAGAGUUAGAUGUCAAGGCGCUAGUAGAAGAUGAGAAGGCCUACGGAAUGAGCCAGAUGGAGGAGAUGGAGCUGUAAUGACAGAUAAUCUCACGUUAUCUGGUACGAGAAAGGGGGGGGGGACGGAAAGAAGAACAAAAAAAGAGAAGAGGGUGGGGGCUAGAAUGGGAAAUUUGAGCGGCUGCCUGCCUGGCUUCUUUGGAAUUCUUUUGCAGUAGACACCAUAGCAGCUGCAAGCCUUUCCUCUCUUUCGAAUAGAAAGGCUCUCCGAUUUUGGAGCACAAGUACAUACUCAAGGAGAAUUUGCCAUGACGCACGUAUCCCAG